AUGCUACAACACCCUCUGCAGCGAUGCAUCCGCCCAUCAGACGUACUGCAUCGAAUCGCCGCUCCUCUCUGCAACACAUGUAUCUACUACUGCAGCACCACUUUCGCCCGCAGUAGAGGCGGCAAUGCUGCUCAGUCGCGGCCAUAUGCCUUCGCCACUAAACGCAAAAGCCCAGCGACUCGCGCUCGGGAGCGAGGGGUGAAUAAUGGAGACAUUACCGCACCAGGCACUCCGCGAUACAGGAAGCUGUACGACCUCUUCGCGCAUUAUCAGCGAGGAGGCUGGCUCGGCACGGCUCCAGAGCAAGUCAUGGCGUUCAUAAGUGACUUCAAGCAACUGAGUGGCAGAAGCGUCGGCGGGGCGCGUGUAGAUCCACGGCAAAUGCGCAACUUGAUGGAUGAACAUGGUCUGAAUGACAAGGACUCUUGGACCAUUCCGCACGGGCUCAUAAUGAUGAAGGAAUCAUAUAUUGGCAAGAGAAUGUUGCUAUCUCUGUCUCGCGCUGGGGUCGAAGAAGCGACUAUCAGGAUAAUGGCGCAAGUCGUACUCACGGCUAGGAAGAAGCCGGCGAUAUUAGAUGCCCCCGAGAUCCAACAUGCGAGACAGCAUCUCUCGCAGAUUGCGAGUAAGAAGGUCAAUUUCCGUGCCAUGGUAUGUGAAGGCAAAGUUGCGCGAGCUCUCGGCAACGAGGAGAUGGCGAUAAAGAUGUGGACCGGUGCAAUGGCGGCCGCGGUUGCACAUGCGCACAAGCAAGCAUCUGGGGUCAAAGGGGACGAUUCAGUGGAAAGGUCCGAUGCCUUGGGGCUUUCGACGCCUUGGAUUGAUUUAAUGAUGCUCCACCGAGAAAGAAUUGAGCAGCAGGGAAAGGAUGAAUGGAAGCAAUGUCGACAGGCCAUGGACAUUGGCUGCGAACAAGACGAUCCAAUAUCGCACUAUCAUGCCUCCACAUAUAUCAAGUGGUCUGCCGCAGAUGGUAGCCAUAUACCAACCAGUGCAUGGCUCUAUCAUGUGACCAAAGCAGCUGCAUCUUCUCAUCCGGUAGCGGCAUACGAGCUUGCAGAGUUCUACGCAAAGAGUGGCUGGAAGUAUAUCGAGGACGAGCCACCAGAUCACGUCAAGCCAACACCCUUUGACUCUUUCCCAUCCGCAAGCAACGAGUCUGUUAUGUACCGAGUGAGCUCGUUCUUGGGGCUUGUUAAGCGGCCAGAACUCAAGCCCGAAGAGAGCAUCUUUCACAAUGCCAUAUUCCCUCAUACAGCCGUACAUCGAUGGCUACUGGCAGCAGACUGGAUUUCAGUCGCUACAUCCUACCAAUAUGCUCCGGCAUUUCUCCUUUAUGCCAAAAUGCUUAUGCAAGAGAAGCUGUGGGCACGUGCCAAUGCUCCAACAGAAGCGAUCGACAUAAGUGCAGAGCGAUACACGUAUGCAAGCGAGCAACACAAGCAAUCAGAUAUCAUAUUGAAUCAGUCAUCUGUCGAAGACGCCGCAGACCCCCCCAAUCCAUAUUUUAGCGUCAUUCUCGCUCAGGAAUGUCUGAAGCAUGUCUUCUUUGCUCAUGAAGCAUAUCACUACGGAUGUCAGGCGAAGAAUAAAUAUGCCGUGGGUCGACGUCGGGGCACCAUUGCCGCCAAUCUGGACGAGGAUGACUUUCUCCAUGAAUCUGUAUAUGAAGGGGCAGGGUUCAACAUAAGCAAAUGGUUCAGGUUUCCAGAGGUGCGGGAAAUGUAUGAAGACCAGAUUGAAAAUCUGUACACUGAGGCGAAGGACAUAUGUGAUGAAAAGGGGUGGAACAUUUACGAUGAUGACAACAUUUUGAUUUACAAAGCCGGAACUGGCAAGAAGAGAGCUGUCAAGCAAAUGUUCACAAUCUCGUGA